AUGCGCCACAGACGCCUGGCGUCCCUGUCCCCUUGUCUCACUCGACAGUUUUUUGGUUGUCAGGUUGUCUUCAAUCCUCUCCUACUUCUUAGCCAAUAUACCUCAUCUAAACCUACUUCAGGAGGUCCGGUCAAGGAUCCUAGUCUUGUUUCCUCACCACAAGAACCGCGCCAAUUCUACCGGCGUCCCCUUCCAGCCUCAUGUAUAGCUUUUGCGACCGCUGAAGGGCGCCAGUUGUUCAAGGAGGCUCUGGAAAUGGGCUUCAUGGAGGCCUUUUUCGACCUUGUGCCUCAACUUCGGACUCAAGUUCAACCCUCGUAUUGCGGUCUUUCAGCCAUGGUGAUGGUGCUAAAUUCUUUUGAGAUGGACCCUGGACGAGUUUGGAAGGCGCCUUGGCGUUGGUAUCACGAGGACAUGCUCACCUGCUGUCUUUCUUCUGAAAAUCUUCUCACCCAUGGCAUAACCAUCGAUCAGUUUCAGUGCAUCGCCAAGUGUAAUGGACUAAACAUCGACCUGCACCAACCAAGCACGCCCGAUGAGACGGUAGACGCCUUUCGUUCACGUCUGCUCAGCAUUUGCUCCCAGUCCCUUACCGCAUCGGGCACCAUUUUGGUGGUGUGCUACGACCGCAAAGCCCUGAAGCAGACCGGUAGUGGUCACUUCGCCCUCGUGGGAGGCUAUCAUCCAAAGCGCGACCUCCUCCUAAUGCUAGAAACCGCAGCAUUCAAGUAUCCACCUCAUUGGGCCCCUGUGACUGCAAUAUACACUGGGAUGCGCUCAUUAGAUGUGAUGAGUGGGCGUCCGAGGGGCUAUAUGCUUAUUACAAAGGCGUUUAACGCAAGAACCGGAUUUCCUGUUGAAGAAGGACGACAUCGACCUGCCGAAGAAUUCGUGGCGAACUCGCCUGUUUUGGCAGAUUUCUCUCCCGAAGUUGAUCGUCUUCUGAAUAGACUUAAUCUUUUUUGCCUCGCAGACGCCGCCUAUCAAGCAUUCUCGUCUCCCGCUUCCCUGGUCGAUCCAGGAAGUGCGGGUGGCCGACUUAGACUUGUGGCUGACGAGUGGUCUGCUUAUCUCAGCUCAACUCUUCUCAGCAGUCUCGGAAAGUCUUGUUGUUGCCUCUUGCAUCAGCAACAUUCAGCAGCCGGCCCUGCGAAUUGCUCCCCUAUCCCCUCCGACCCAUCAUCCCAGCGUCUUUCCGGCCACCGUUGUGAAUGCCCCUGCUUGGUGGACACCCUUUUGGAUCGUUUCCUGGGACUUUUGAUCAAACACAGACCCUCGGGUUUUUUUUUCAGCUGUCAACCUCUUUGGACCGAUGGCACUGCUGACGCCUCUCCUACUCUCGAAACUGCUACCCAGGUGCAGCUACUAUUCGACACUGCAAAUUUUGCCUUGAAGGUAAUCUUCGAGUUGGUCUCCUCAGCAACAGGACGGCGGGCGAGACUCGCUUUAGAGCGCCUUCCUCACCGGUCGUACGAGUGGCUUACUUCCGAUAGCGGCGGUCCUCUCACCUACCGUGCCAUCACGUCAGUUCAAAGUUCUGGCAGUGCCUCCUGUCGCCACCCAGCCUGUGCCCUACCUCUUGUAACAGACGCCAAAAUCCGCGCGACUGCUCUCCUUACCGCGUUCGUCCUCGCGUUUCCUUAUCAUAUUUUGUUGAGCGCAAACCAGAUCCGCGGCCCUGAUAGAGUAAUUGAUGUUCUGAAGAGUUCUCAUCACAUUCUAGAGCGCUUACCCCAACUUUCUGGUCAGACCUGUUUUGCGGUACUGACGAAGGGGACUCACAAUGAAUUAACAGUUCUAUCAAACAUUCUUGCACGCCUCGUCGCCGCCCAGAGACCUCUGGGAAGUCGAUGUAUUGAUACGUAG